AUGGGGAUAUCCAAAGCGAAGAGGUUGGAAGAAGCAAAGACAGUUCUAGAAGAUAUGUCAAAGGUAGGCACAUAUCUUGACCAUGUGGCAUAUAGUGCUUUGAUUGAUGGGUUCAUGAAACAAGGGUGUGUAGAUGAGGCUUUGAAGUUGAAAGAUGAAAUGUUUGUCAAUGGAGUCAAGUUAAAUGUUUUCACAUACAUUUCAAUCAUAUUUGGGCUCUGUAGAGCUCAUCGAUUUGAAGAAGCAAUUGGAGUAUUGACAGGUAUGAAAGAAAGAGGUACUCCACCUGAUGUUUAUUGUUGCUAUAGUUCACUUAUAAUCGGUCUUUGUAAAGAAAAAAAGAUGGAACAAGUGCAGUCAAUGUUAAUUCAAAUGAAGAAUAACGGUGUUAAACCAAAUGCUUUGCUUUACUGCAAGAUAUUGCCCUCAUCACAGGUGGUGGCGGCGAGUUUUCUACCAAUUCUUGCCCCUACGGAACCUUGUGCUAUCAACAAAGAACAACAGAUAGCAUUUCAUGAAUUGCCAAUUGCACUAACCUCCAUUGAGCUAAAUAUGUGA